AUAUUGUUGUAAGGGAUUUCUAUGACGUUUUACACACGGUUAACAUUGUGAUUAAGAAUGCCAAAAGUAGUUUCUCGCAGUGUUGUUUGCACAGAUGUCAAAGAUCAAGAAGAAUACCAGGGAGAGAAACCUCUUUACGUAUAUUAUUGUAUAUGUGGACAGAUAUCACUAAUCUUAGAUUGUCCUAUUGAUAAACUUCCCAUGAGGAGAAGAGAUAAUGCCAGAGUGAUUGACAGUCAGAAGCAUGCUCACAGACUCACUUGUGAUCCAGAUGAUAUCGUUUACUUAAAAAAGCCUGAGGGCAUAGAGAAACAGUACAGACAAAAGUGCAAAAGAUGUGGAUUAUGGUUAUAUUACCAUCACCAAGGAAACAGUGGUGUUAUGUUUGUAGUGGAAGGAGCUCUCAAGAGGGACUCAGCAAAGACAGAUGUGUACAGCCAGAUAUCAGAACCUAAAAAGGUGACACUGACCAAGCAUACAAAGAACAUGGGAAAAUUCAGUUCUGUCACAGUCUCAACAGUAGAUGAAGAAGAGGAUGAAAUUGAAGCCAAAGAAAUAGCAGAUUCAUAUGCAGCCAAUGCUAAAGUGAUAGAAAAGCAACUGUUCAGAAAGGGAAUGAACAAAAGAAGACAGGAAGAGGCUGCAGAGGAGGCAAAGAAGAAAGUAAAGGGGACUCUUAUUGACAAAUGAGGAACAGGAAAAUCUCAAAAGCGAGGUCCAUAAAAACUGUGCAUGACCAUCGAGGUCCAUGGUAACUGUGAUUGACAAGGGAGGCCCAUAGUAACUAAUGGACAAGUGGAGUGUCUGGUAGCUGUGACUGACAUGUGUAAAACCAAAACAUUGGAAGAAAUAUGAUGAAGAAUGUAUGUAAUUGACAUGAUCUGUCAGUGUGUGAUUUGUUAGUGUUAAAUGAAAGUAUGUGAGAUAACAUGUUACUAAAUGUGGUAAAAUAAAGAAUGUAAUAGAAAUGGAAA